AUUGUACAUACAAUAUAAACAUUUAUUAGCCAGGCGUAUGGCCUAUCUACAUAUACAAUAGUCCUACAUACCUAUACAGUAGUCCUGCUACGCUUAUCUUCCAUUCAUCUUUCUCAAAUUUUAUACUCUGGCGCUUUUGUAUUUCACGAACGUAACUUAUAAAAGUAUCCAAUUCCAAUCUUUAGCCAUAAGUAUAUAUAUAAUGCGUGUAUGUAUAUGUAUAUGUAACACCAAUGCCACUUUCUGCUUUAGCCUAAAAAUUGUAAUGCAGCAAUAUACUCCUUAAGGAUAGCAACAACAAAAACAACAACAACAACAAAAUAUCAAUCAAAUUUACAUAAUUUUAAUAACGAAUAUACGCCCAUACCAUACCGUACAAUACAAUACAAUACAAUACCAUGCAACAUAAUACAUGCGAGUAUAUGGAAUGUUCAUGGAAUUCGAACGCCUUCAAGUCUGUAUUUGUAUUUGUAUUUGCCUAUUUAGCCCAUUAUAAACAAUAAUUAUAAAUUCGAACGUAAUAGUUUUCUAACUUAAUAUACUUUGAAAUAAGAGCUACUACGGCGGUUAAGCAAACAGAAAUCAAAGCAUACGAAUCAGUACUAAAACAAAUAGCUAGGCACUGAAAGUGAACAAUUUCGAGUUUGUAUAAAAGGGGAGAAAAGGGAAACGGCAAGGGCAAGGGCAAGGGAAAGGGGAAGGGGAGCAACACACACACAGAGACACACGACUAACGAACCUUCGCCCAACUGUGUGUCCCAACAGAUAUACAACACGUAUAGCUGCGCGCGAACAUUAGCUACAAGUAUUUAAAAAUGUAAAUGCAUAUUUCUACUAAAAUUUAUUAAGUAAUGCGAUUUAAAUAAAUGAGAAUAUUGAUUAUAUACAACAUUCAUAUAUGUUACCUAUCGUUAUCGUUCUUCUUCUUGUUUUCGUGACGACAUCUCGUUGCUAUAGUAAACAAAUAAUUUGCCAUCGAACAACCUAGUUAGUGUCUUGGGGACCUUGAGAGAAAGCCAGAUGGAUCCAGCUAAAGUAAUUGGGAAACUCAAGGAGCAGGUGCGCAUGGAGCACAAGUCGCGACGCAACUAUCCAGAGGUGUGGCAUCAGAUCUCCGACAAUGCCACCAAUAGGUUCUACCAUCAGAAUGAGAUUGACUCCCAGCUGAAGGGACAACUCAAGCUGCAAGAGCUCUGCCCUUUUGUUCAUGACAAUAAGGGCGAAUCGCGCUUUGUGUCGCCGGAGAUGUACAAUAGCCUGCUCUCUAGAUGCCGCUGUGGACGCUCCCGCCGGGGUCCACACAUGGGCAAAUGUCUGCAGAGAACAGUGAGUCCGGACUAUGACUAUGACGUGGCACAACCAUGUGCCAAGGAUUCGGAAGGGAAAAAGGGGGAGCCGGCAGUGCCACGCACUUCCAACUCUUCCAUUGGGCUUUUGGGUAUCCAGACGAGCUAUCGGAAACUGGAGCAAUCUAUGCAGUACGUCUCGCCGACCUUCUCGAUGCCAGGGCCGCGCAUAACAGCAGUGCCGUAUAAUAUUAUUGUAAUAGGCUAAGCUUUGUAUAUGCCCAGAAUGAAUGAAUCACCAGGCCGCUCUAAACUAGAA